CAUUAUUUACUUCACUAAACCUCCUAGUAUAUGGAUGUACAUCCUUGAAAUUACCUCUACGAUUACUUCAUCAUGGUUGCUAAAGAAACCACAAGAUGUCUGUCAAAGUUUCAAAUAUAAAAGGCUGGAAAUCACACACAUACAUACACACAUACAGUUUACCUGGAUGUGUAGGACAUUGCUGACCAUAUAUUCUCAUAUCACAUCAUAUGCAACACUUAAUGGAUUGGAGGAAUUUCUAAGCAGGAUAAAAGAAAAAAAGUGUUUUACGUUUUAUUUUACAAUGAAUGAAACUGUUUUUGUACUUCUUUUAAAACUAUUCUUCAACUCUUACAGUUUUCAUCAUCUUGCCGUAACAGACGCUGGCUGCAUUUUACUACCAUUCUCCUUCAUUGAAGCUUUAUUUCUGUGCAUAUAUGAAUACAUCAAGGCUCUAAUUGACUUUGCCUUCUCUUCCUUUUCAUACUGUAUGUGAAUUUGUUUAGAGUUGGGUGGCUGAAAAUGGCAAAUGCAAACUACACUGUGAAAAAUGUGGACAGCUUUAUAAUAACUGGAUUUGAUUACGUGCAAAACCCAAAACUCCUUGGAUUCCUGAUCUUAGUAACCUACAUGCUCAUAUUGCUUGGAAACAGCAUUAAUCUGUGCAUCAUCUUGACUGCCAGACAUUUACACAAACCAAUGUACAUUUUAAUCUGUAACCUUGCUGUUGUUGACAUUAUGUACUCCACUACCUGCAGUACAACCAUGAUUUCAGUGCUGCUGGUUGAGAUUAAAACUGUUUCAUAUUACUCUUGUAUGUCAAGGGCUUUCUUCUAUCAUCUUGGUGAUGUUACAGAAUGCCUUGCUCUGACCUUAAUGGCAUUAGACCGAUUUAUAGCGAUUAGGUUCCCAUUAAGGUACCACAGCAUUGUAACAAAUUUACGAGUAAUUCUGCUUAUUUUAUUAACGUGGGUUGUUGGAUUCGGAGUGAUGGCUGUUAUAAUAUCUGUGGCAGAUAGUCUCCCAUACUGCCAGCCUGUCAUCAGAUAUGUAUUUUGUGAGGAUCCUUCCCUGCUCAGAGCUGCCUGUGUUGAUCCUGAACCCUAUUUUUUCAUGCCUGUAAUGUUAAGUUUGUGGCUAAUGUUUGGACAGCUUCCCUUUAUUUUGUGCACCUACGCUGUGGUGGCAUAUAGUGUGACCAAACUUUCCAACACCUCAAGCAAAAAGCAAAUGAUCAACACUUGCUCAAGUCACCUUAUAGUCUUAUUUAGUUAUUAUGGUCCAAAGGUGGUGUCUAUUUUGCUAACACGAAUAGGAGUUGUGCUAACUUUAACAGAGCGAAAUGCAUUAUUGAUUGUUUCCUCUCUGAUUCCACCUCUAGUAAACCCAACAGUUUACUCCAUCAGGACUAAAGAAAUCAGAAAACGAUUAGCAGAUGUGUUUGGGGGUAAAAAAACGUUUAGCACCAAUUCAUCUUAA